GCAAUGUCGAUGCACUUGUUUUUAUUAUCUCAUCCAACAUGCAAUUGUGUAAACAAGCCACAUCAUUACAUAAAGCUGCACAGGCACAUGCGCAGUUAAUAUAUAUGAAAAGACUUCAAAAUGCUGCCGAAACCAAAGAAGCAUCUUAGCUGUCUGCGGCAAUAUUUCGGUUUGAGCACAUUUAAGCCACUGCAAUGGCAUAUAAUACGCACAUUUAUAGGCGAACCACGCGGAGGCAGCGAUGUGUGCGCCGUAAUUGCAACCGGUUACGGCAAAUCCCUGACCUACCAAUAUCCCGCCUUUUAUUUGAAUAAAGUGGUGGUAGUCAUUUCGCCGUUGAUAGCGCUAAUGGAGGAUCAGGUGAAUGCUUUGAAUGGCAAAAGGAAAUUCGAAUCGGAAACCGAAUCGGAGUCCAAUCAGAAGGAUUACGCCUGUUUGCUGGGCACAGCGCAGGAGGAUCGGAGCAUUAAGGAGCGUAUACUACAGCUGCAGUUUAAAUUGGUCUAUGCUACGCCGGAGUAUAUCACACGUGGCAAUGGUUUGAAAUUACUACAGGAUUUGGGUCACAAUUUGGCGCUAAUCGCCAUAGAUGAGGCGCACUGCAUCUCCAAGUGGGGACACGAGUUUCGUCCGGCGUAUCGACAGCUCAGCCAGCUGCGGCUGGCGGUGCCACAGGUGCGGAUCUUGGCCUUGACGGGCACGGCCACCAAAUGUGUGCGUCAGGAUAUUUGUGAGCAACUGCAUCUGCGCAAACCGUUGCUACUCUGCAGCGGCUUGGAUCGUCCCAAUCUGGAGUUGACGGUGCGUGCCAAGUGCACGGAUUUGUGGUCGGAUCUGCAGCAAUAUCUAAGCUGGGCUAAGGAAGCAGCUGGUUCGGUUAUAGUCUAUAACAAUACCAUCAAGGAGACGGAGCAGAUGGCCAGGGAACUAACACGUCAUGGCAUGCCGUGUCAUAGUUAUCAUAGCAAACUGUCGCUGCCGGAGAAGCGUCGCAAUCAGCGGGAAUUCAGCGAGAAUCAGGUGCGGAUUAUUGCCGCCACGACCGCCUUUGGCAUGGGCAUAGACAAGUCCAAUGUGCGGCUGGUGGUGCACUAUGGUGCACCCAGUGAUAUGGAACGCUACUACCAGGAGAUUGGACGUGCUGGCCGUGAUGGUCUACCCGCCAAGUGUGUGCUCUUCUACGGGGAAUCCGAUGCCGCCACACAUCAGCGAAUGCAGCAGAGUCAACCAUUGACGGCACAGCGAAGUCAGGAGCUGCAACAGCUGGCCAGAAGCAUGGCGGAGUACACACAGAGCAGCCAGUGUCGUCGUCAGUACAUACUCCAGUACUUUGAUGAUCAGGCCACGCUGGGCAAGCUGCAAUGGCGUCCAAAUUGCUGUGACAAUUGCCGCAAGUCAAGAAACACUAAAUCUCAGCUGUCCCGGGAGCCAACAGCGCAGCUGGAUGUCAGCUUGGAAUCUCGUUUGCUGCUUGGCAUGCUGCGGGAUGUCAAUGGACGCAUUGGACUGGGUAAACUGAUACUCGCCUUGCGUGGUUCAAGGAGCAAGUGCGUCAGCAAUGAAUGCCGGCAGCAUGAGAACUUUGCCAAAGGUGCACACCGUUCCAUUGGCUUCUAUAAGUCGCUGUCCGAGCACCUUAAGACACUUGGCUACAUCCAGGAUGAAUAUCAGCGGAGUAGCAAAAGUGCCUUCGGUUUCCUUAUGCCACAUGUAACACUUAAAGGUUGUUGUUGGCUGGACAACGAGGAGACUGAAUCCGAGUCCAUUCUGUUGGAGCCAAGUGCCAAAUUGGCCAAGCUGCUUAAGCCGCGCAAGAACUGCAAAACCAGCUCCAAAGAGCUGCAACUAGACUGGGGAUCUGACAUGGACAUUGAUCUCAAUGAAUUGGAUGAACUUGUGCAGCGGGAACAACAAACAAUGCCAACAGCCAAUAAUGAAUCCGUCUGGGGACCCGACAUCGACAUCGAUUUCAAUCAAAUCGACGACGUCGUUGCCAAAUCCAAUUUACAAAAACCCACUACAACUGAACCUAAGAAAACUGCUAGUCAGGAUCUCGAGUUACUUCUGGCCGAUUGCCAGAAGAUUCUGCACGAGGAGCCCGAAGAAACAACGCGCACUUUAAAGGCCCGCAAACGGGUCUGGGAAUACCUGGAAGGAAGCUAUCAGAAGCGUCCUCUAAUACCAAAGUACAAAUACAGUUCACGUCCAGCUAAAUCCAGCAAAUGAACUGUCCUACACUGUCCUAUGUCAAGUUUAGACUUACAAUCUAUAUAUCUUUAGAAAAAUUACAUGAUUAGUGAAAUUAUAUAGAACAAUUUCUAUCAA